UGGCCUGUCUGUCAGGGACUCCUCUCGAUAACGCGGCCACCGAAGCUAGCUUGUGCAGCACGUUGGUGAAAGCAUGGUGAAAGCGAUUCUGCGAGAGGCCUAGUUUUGGCGAUAGGUCGGCCAUGCGCUAGGUCUCAACUGCUUUCUGCGUGUUUUGAGAAAUGGUCCUUCCAGAAAACGAAGGCAUUUAAAGACUCGUCGCGUCGCCGUCGGACCCGGUCUCGGCACCAUCAACUGCAGCAGCCUCAAGUGAGGGACAAGGUGCACAGGAUGAAUUGUCAUUUAACACCACAGUGCCAGACUUGUUGCAGCCCAGGUAACAGUGGAGAUCACCGUUGUUUUCCAGCCAGAUCUCCUGGUUCCUAUGGAAGCUACGUGGAAGCUGAAGGCUGCUGUUGACAUUGGCGACGCGGCCGUAGCAACACGGUGGAAGAACACAUGAGCGUGUCUGAGUGAUGUCCUCAUUGAUUUCAUGAAGCCGUGGCGGGUGGAAGCAGAGAUGAAGAUGUGCUUCAACCAUGGACUUACGAAUGUGGUGUUGUGUUUACGACAGGCACAUCGUUCAUUUUUGUGGACUCCUCCGAGAGGAACAGUGUCAUAUUUCGUGCCUGUCGGUAGUUGCUGGCUUUGAAAUGCAAGUGUCUCGGGUGGGGACGUAAGCGAGCAUUCACCUCCACCUGGCAGUUUCGGUUAUUUUAUUGCCCAGAUGUCUGUCGUUGCUACGAAUGAGAGUUGUGCUUUCUUUUCUUCUUGGGACAAGGCUCUGUCAAACCAAGACAUCGCCUCUAUUGCAAAUGGGAGUCAUGUACUGGAUCGGUCACUAUUGGGGAAGUCACCUUUGGGGGAUUGGCAAAGCCAGCGUGCAUCACUUGAACGAAACGGGCCCACGGAGGAUGUGCCGCCGGACGGCUUCCCGUGGCAGAAGGUGUCGAGCCUGCAGAGCGUGGCCGACUCGGGGCAGCCUUUCGCCGGAGAGCCCCCUGGCGCUGUGCCACGUGCGGGCGAGCCCAUCUGCCCGGUCUGCUACCGUGAAUUCAAGAUGCGCUGCCACAUGGUGGUCCACAUGCGCAGUGUCCACAACGUGAACCCGACCACCGUCCUGCACAUGCCCUACCGCCGGAAUCAGCAGGUGCUGCAAAAAGGUCACCCAAAGCGCAAGACCUCCGCGGUGCAGAAGCGGCACCAGCCCAACAAGGCUGCAGGGGCACCGGCCGGCACCGUCUCGAAGGCGUCGACACCGAAGGCAAAACAGAAGCCCCAGCCAGGCGACGCAGCACAGCAGCCACCAUCCAGCUCCCAUUUCACCGGUGGCAUCGGGGCGGCGUUCCCGUGCAAGUGGUGUGGCCGGUCGUUCGACUCCCUGCGGGGCUUGCUGAAGCACGAGCAGGUGCACCAGUGGAAGCGGGCGGCCGCCAACCGGCCGCUCUUCAAGUGCUCCAGGUGCGGCAGCAUCUACAAGUACCUCGGCGGGCUGGUGCGCCACAGGCUCGCCUGCGCCAAGGGAGCAGCCCCCAGGCAGCCGCCAAGGGAGAAGGCAGCUGCUAAAGGAGAAGGCGGCGACGGCACCAAGACGUUCGGGGCACCCAAAGGCCCUUCGCACGCGAAGCCUCGGUUCUUCCUCGAGAGCGUCGUGCCUCCCGUUUGCUGGGCCGCAAAAAGUAUGACGCCGUUCGUUGCAUGCAAGAAGUUGGUCCCACCACUUUCUCCGACCCCCGGUGUAACAAGUGCGGGGCUGUCUUCGACAACCAGGUCAGCCUUGCCAGGCACAAGGGAUCGCACACGAGAAAAGCCAGGGCUGCGUCCGGAAGUCGAGCGCCGUGCCAGUGCAACCUGCCAAGCUGCAAGGUGUGCGGGCGGCACCAGAAGGCCGGCGGGAGUGUCGCCGCAGACCACAGCGCAGCCUACACGUGCCACCUGUGUUCGCAGGCGUUCCGCACCAAGGAGAAACUGAGCACUCACCUGAUCACCAAGCACUUCAAGAUGUCCGUCUAACUGGGCAGCCCGAUGGUGCUGUUGACCUGAGCAGUACAAAACCAGAUGUGCAGAAAUUCGUGGAACUUGCAAUAAGAAACCGACUCAUUUAACAGGCUGACAGAGGGUGCACGCAAGACGUUUUUUAGUCGACUACAUUGACAGUUCAUUUCAAGCUCGUUCAUUUGGCAGUGAUAACGUGACAGCACUACUUGAAAACCAUGGUGCUUGGCGAUUGGAAUUGCGAUGAGGAAAGCAAGUUUGCACACUGAAAGCAUGCAGCAAAAAUGCCAGGAGUGCCUUCCCAGUUAUGUUAGGAAUGUCUCGCAGAGUGCUGCGAAACAAGGUGGGUCACAGGGAAUUGCUUGACCUGAUUUGCGCAUUCAGGUAUGUGCAGUUGUGUACCACAUGGAGGCGGUAAGAGUGGCUGGGUACACACAGGACGUGUUCAGCCGCUCCUUUUUCAAACGAAAAAAAAUUCUCAACUGCCAAGCGUGCAUGUGUUGUUCCAUUCUGUCAAGAAGCAGUAUUUCUCAGUAAUUGCCAAGUCAAACGCAAUUAUUUCUUACUAGAAUUGAGAGAGUCCAAUUUACGUGAAGUAGGCAGGUCAGCCAUGCUUGAACAACGCGUACGUACAUUACUAGCUUACUCUCUGUUUUUGAAAGAAAUGUGCUGCUACAAAGGCACUAUAUUUUCAUACCUGUCAGCGUGCAGGUAUGCCUGUUUGUAUUUCCAUAGCACACAUGUUCUAGUUUCCAUUCUCCAUUGUUCAUAUCGCACAGAGCCUUGAUGGUGGUGUGUUUAAUGAAAAUAAAUAUAAUAGUGUUGCA